AUCCCCAGGCUUGUCAGUACAUGUCAACGCCCGCGUGCCCUUUGCACUUCACUACACAUUUUCACAUCCGACCCAUGUCGGCCUCACCGAUCUACACGGCUUUGCAUGUGCCAACGCUUACACCACAUCCUUCUAUCAACUGCAUGCAAUGGUCCGAGGAUGGCCAAGCGUGCUUCAUCACAAAGUCAGCGGUACACAUCCUAACGCCAGACCCCGGGAUCAACUUCAACACACCUGCUGAUGUAAAGGCCCCAGCAGGAGACGAGCAAAGUGGUCGACCUCUAGGUUGGUUCAAAACAAUGAUCGAGACUACUAGGGGACAGGCCCACUCUUGGCCCGAAAUCUCUCCAGACUGGGCAGCUACAAGUUUGGGUUCUCUAGACGUCUCUCUCCGCGCCGUGUCGUGUUCUCCAAGUAACAUCACCUCCCGAGGCAGGUGUGUAUUGGCCGUCCUGAACUCUAACAUGGAAGUGUCCCUAUGGACUACUGCGAAGAACCACCUAAAAGGAGAAUGGCUGAAGAUUCAAGACGUCACAUCGUUUCUCUUGAGCUCCAUAUCAUUACCAGAGAGCUCAUCGACCCUGAUUAAAGCUCUCUGUGCUCAGACGAUGUGUAUUUCAUGGUCCAAACAACCCAACUUCGCUAUUGCCCCGAUUCCUUCCUUAGAUACAUCGAUCCUUGCUCUAGGAAAUCGUGCUGGGAGCAUAACAUUGCUCAGGUUCAAUCAAGUAGGGGACUUUGAGGGAGAUGUCUCACGUAUAGAGACUAUUCAGCUGAGUGAACGGUGGAUCACCCAUCUAGCAUGGUCGCCAUGGUCAUUAGAACAUCCUGGCCAAUGUGAAUCUUAUUUGGCAUACAGCACGGAUGAUGGCGGUGUUGGAUUAGUGAGAGUGACUCAAUCUCUACAGCUAUCACCAUCUACUUCCAAAUUCGGGGCAGAGUUUAUGGUGAAUGUUACAUGCGAAAUUAUAUCACCAAAAGUUUGCGAAGCAGACAAACGGAGUAUAACAGAUCUAGCAUGGAUAGAACUUCGUGGACGGAGUCCUAUUCUAGUGUCCUGCACAUCGGGUAUCAUUCAUCUGUGGUCUUCUCCAAGUCCAUCAUCUAAGUGGUCUGGUUCGCGUGUCUUAGUCCUGCAGACGCAAAAGAUAUCCGUUGCGUCCUCUGCAUUGUACCCUGUAUCAGGUUUAACACAUGUCGGCAUGCAAGAUGCCCUUGUUUUGUCUCUGUUUGAUGGAUCCUUUCAUGUCGUCCAUAGUCUUUCAAUCAAUCCGUCUUGGUCCCCACCAACCGCCGAUGAUACUCUACAUACAGACAUGCUUUCCAAGGUUUCACGAUCAAUCUUUGCUCACGUCACUCCUGGGGUCCGGCACAUGGACGUCAGUCGUAUCAGUGGUAUGGCAUCCUAUGAUGGGUUCUCCACCUUCAUCUGGGUUUAUGAGGCUCUGCGGCCAGCGGAUUUUAGUUACAAACACGAGGCCAGACACAAUAGUACAUUCGUCACCGCCCCACUGUGGAAUCUAGAUGACGAUACUGUUUUCAAAAUAUUAGAAGAAGCAUUGAGCAAUGUGUGUCAAGCGCGUGGAAGUGCCCCUAUUUAUCAAUUGCGUCCAACGCUCUUACAUCUUUGUAAAACCGGGAGUUUUCCUCAACUUUGCCCUCGCAUAUUGGAAAUUCUACAUCAGAUCCCAGCGGAUGAUACAGCUUCUAUUGACAUAUCGCCCUGGUCGGGAGAAUUAGUCCCAGAAUUAAAGGCAAGGCUAAGGAAGAGUUUCAAGACGCACCUAUUCGGGUGGGACGGCCUGCUGUCCUCGCGCAUGAGAUUAUCAGUGGCAGAUCUAUGCUGGAAGCUAUGCAAAGAUCCUCAGAUGCAAGCACAAUGUGGCCAAGUCGCUCAAAUCCUCCUGAACACCAUCUCACACCGCGUUCUACGGAUCUUGAUGCACCAUUUCUCAGCACUUAUAUCGAUCCUAGUGGCAUCCGACGUUCCUUUCGUUUUAAGAAUCGUAGUCCAAUCCCUUCUCCCGGGCUCACCCCUUGAUCUCUCGGCGGAAGCCCAGAGAUUAUCAGCAAGUGUUAGUGCAAAUGUUGCGGUAGACCCAACUACAGCCGGGCUCCACGAGCUCUGCCCAGCAUGCCACGUCGAAGUGCCACUACAGGAUAUCACAGCUGCGAUAUGCCCAAACGGUCAUACAUGGGCUCGGUGUUCUGUAACUUCUUUCAUUCUAUCGACUCCUGUGGUUCGGACGUGUAUAGGGUGUAGUCGCAAGGCACUGUUGUCCCCCUCACAGAGUUCUUCAAGCGGCUCGGACUGGCUACCUGUGGCGGCACGUAGUUGGAUUGUAACAGAGCUACUGGAAGCUGUUCAGCGAUGUUUGUUUUGUGGUAAUAGCUUUGUCUGCAUUGUCUGAAGGGGGACGGGACUGAUGAUGACAUCUGAUUGCGAAACACUCGAAGCAAAGAAGCCAAUGACCGUUAAUUCGAGAGGAUGUAUUUCUUUGACGCAAAAUCUAGUACUAUUCUAAAUUAUAAGUGACUCGUUG